CAUGUUCCUCAGGGUGCGAAGCCAGCCUUUCCGCGACGAAUGUGACCCGAAAGGACCGAAACCCGCUUAGCGAAAUACGAAACGAAAUUGGUUCUGGGUCUACCCCCUGCCCGUGGCCCGUGGGCUGAGGCGAUGCUUUCAGCAGACUGAGAUCCGGGGUCUGGAAUCAAGGGGAAGAUGAAGUGCGGUAAUGUCCUCGAUAAACCCCUCAGCAAAGGACGGCAAGAGGUCAGCCUGAGUGCAUUUGCAUUCCUAUUUUCAGAACUGGUGCAAUACAAUCAGACACAAGUUGACAACAUUGCAGAGCUGGAGCGCCGGCUAGAGGAUGCUGGUUAUGCUAUUGGAGCAAGAGUUCUUGAACUUUAUUGCCACAGAGAAAAGGGUAAUCGAAGGGAGACGCGAUUAUUGGGAAUUCUUUCAUUCAUACACAGUACGGUGUGGAGGGUCCUAUUUGGCAAGAUUGCCGACUCACUUGAGAAGGGAACUGAAAAUGAAGAUGAAUACAUGAUCAGUGAAAAGGAACUUCUGAUUAAUCGAUUUAUUUCCAUACCAAAAGAUAUGGGGAUGUUCAAUUGUGGGGCAUUUGUUGCCGGGAUUGUGAAGGGUGUCUUAGAUAAUUCAGGUGCCGUAGUUACAGCGCAUUUUGUCCCAAUGGAGGGACUACAGAGGCCGCGGACAACAAUUUUGAUCAAGUUUGCUGAAGAGGUAAUUCGAAGAGAAGCAAGAUUUAGCUGAACUUAUUGCUAGUAACUUGUGAGUAAUCCCGCGGUAGCAGCAGCAUAAGUCAAAUUAGUUCACUUCGCUGAACAGCACCAGCUAUCAACAUGACUUGCUGUCUUUCAUGGUUCUGUGUUAAUUCUGAUUCAUGGUUUGACGACUUUUCUGUUUUUCUUAAACAAAAUAUCUUGGUUAAUUUGCUUCAUUUCCUUUUGUAAUGAUUGAUAUUUCCUUUUCCGGGAUAACUUGGUACUGUGAGAUGUAAAGACUUGAUGCUGUGUUUACAUAUCAAAAUUCCUCGAAUGAAAUUCAGUGAAUAUUACAAGUCAA